AUGGGGAAACGCACGCGGGAAACCCCCGCACCGCGUGCUUACCAUGACGGUCUCAUCCCCACCACCCAUGAGACGUACCACACCUAUCCCGAAGUAGUCCCCGACGACUACGACCAAGUCAAGCACGAAAAGAGCUACCCGGAACUUGCGCCCAUCCAGCUCGACCACCAACUCGACCCCGUCCAGCUCCAGCUCGCCCAGGAACACCAUCUCCAAAACCGCCAACGGUCACUCUCCCAAGGUAUCGGCGGUAGUACCGCCCACGGGGGACCAGGCGAUAAUAAUAUCCCACACCCACCCUUAACAUCCAGCACAUCCCACGAUACUACUCUUCCCCCGCUCAACCUCGCCAGCCCCGGCCUAGCCUCCCUCACCGGCACAACAACGGCCGUAACAAACAACACCACCAACACCAAUACCGCAACCACCAGCACAUCCCCCCUCGCGGCACCCCCCCUCGUCCACGACCCCCACGCCAACGCCCACGCCCACGCCCACACCUUCAGCAACGGCUCCAUCCCCCGCACCUCGGGCGUGCACUCCCUCCGCCAAGCCUGGUCCGAACUAGACGAGGAAGAAGAAAACGAGCAUCGGCGCCAACGACGCGAGCAACGACGUCAUCAGCGACGGAAGGGUCUGCGCGGUCAGACCGUUGGUGCUAGUGGGGCGACCGGCAGUGGGACGGAUUUGGAGACGGAUGAUGAGUAUGACAGUGAUGGUGAAGAUGAUGAUGAGAACGACGACCAGGAUGGUGCGGAGCGUGGGGUAGGGUUAACGCCGGAAGAGAGGCAGAAGAGGAGGGAAAGGAUGUUGAGAAGGCGGAGGAGGGAGGAGAGAUUACGGCGGUUGGGGCUGGGGGGGUUGGCUUCGUUGGUUGGGGGUGGUGCUGCUGGUGCUGGUGGUGGUGGAAAGGGGGAGAAGAGUGGACGCGGGCGAAGGAAAGGAAGGGGAAAGGGGAAACCAAUGUGGAAGAGGGGGUUGUUUUGGGUUGUUGUUAUUUUGGCGGUGAUUGUGGUUGCGUUGGCUGGGGUGUUGGGGGCUGUUUUGAGUGGGAAGAUUCGUACGGCUGCGAUGGAUGGGGGCUCCUCAACCCCCACAACCCUCCCCUCCUCCCUCGUCACCGACCCCGUCUGCACCGACCCCAACGCAACCAACGCCCAAGAACACAACACCUACACCUCCAACGCCACGACCUCCCCCAAAACCUUCCGCAUCCAAUGCAACGCCGACUACCCCGGCGGCGACGGCGAACUCGGCCUGCAAACCAACACCCUCGACAUCAACACCAUGGCCGACUGUCUGGACGCGUGUGCGCGCCGGUGGGACUGCGUGGGCGCUGUUUUCCGGCCGAAGGGGACCAUGAUUGCCACAGAGAGCAGUGGUGAUAGCGAUGUGGGGAGUGCGGCGACGGCGGCGGCGGCGUGUUGGUUGAAGGCUACGGUGGGGGUGGUGAGGACAGGGACACUGGCGGCUGGGAUGGUGAGCGGUGUGUUGGUGCAGUGA